AUGUCGGAGGACCGUCCAAAGGUCAGAGAGCUGGCUGCUGACGAUUGGAUGCUCCCUCAGAAGCCAAAGUCUAUAACUGUGCAGUGGAAAUCCCCAGCUCACCUCUGCAGGAGUAUUGUAUCCACUCUCUGGAAGUUGUGGGCAUUGCAGGCUUUUCGCACCCUGCUCCCUGGGAGCCUGACGCUGGCCAUCAGCACUUCAUCCUGCUGGGACCUGGGUCACGCUGUCACUGUUCCUCAGAUUGUCAGCGGCUGCUAUGCGGCAGGUGCAGCCUGCUCUGCCACUAGGUCUGUACUCCACAAAGGCAACGACCGGCCAAGGCAGUGGCUGGCCCUCGAUUACACAAGUGCAGACACUCAACUAAGUGAGCUGGAAGACCAGGAGGAAGGCCAAGGCUCAGGUGCCCACAUGAUCAGCACAGCCAGGGUACCUGCAGAUAAGCCAGUACGCAUUGCCUUCAGCCUCGAUAAUGCCUCAGAUGAUACACCUCCUGAAGACGCCAUUCCUCUGGUCUUUCCAGAAUUAGACCAGCAGCUACAGCCUCUGCCGCCUUGUCAUGACUCCAUGGAAUCCAUGCAGGUGUUCAAACAGCACUGCCAGAUAGCAGAAGAAUACCGUGAAGUUAAAAAGGAAAUCGCCCUGCUUGAGGAAAGAAAAAAGGAGCUCAUUGCCAAGCUGGAUCAGGCAGAAAAGGAGAAGCUGGAUGCCGCUCAGCUGGCUCGGGAAUUUGAGGCACUGACAGAGGAGAAUCGGACAUUGAAGCUGGCCCAGUCCCAAUGUAUAGAACAACUGGAGAAACUUAGAAUACAGUAUCAGAAGAGACAGGGCUCGUCCUAA